AUGCAGAGUCCUUUGAAACCAGGAUUAUAUCUAGUGGGAACCCCAAUUGGUAAUCUUGAAGAUAUAACUUUAAGAGCUUUGAGAGUGUUGAAAUCAGCUGAUAUCAUACUUUCGGAAGACACUAGGCACUCUGGGAAGUUGCUUCAGCACUACUGUAUUAAAACCCCACUUUUGAGUUAUCACAAAUUUAACGAGUCUCAACGAGAACAAAUAGUGCUGAAGAGAUUGCAAGAUGGUGAAAUUGUGGCACUAAUAAGUGAUGCGGGGACACCAGGUAUCAGUGAUCCUGGAAUGGAACUGGCAAAGUUGUGCGUGGAUAAAAAUAUACCUGUUAUUCCAAUCCCUGGGCCAUCUGCUUUGAUAGCUGCGCUUUCUGCGUCAGGUCUAUCAACUAAUGAGUUCACAUUUGUUGGCUUUCUGCCUAAACACACUGGAACGAGAAGAGAGAGGCUGACAGUGUCUGCAAAAGAAGUAACCACUCAGGUCUUCUUUGUUCCUCCUCACAAGCUCUCUCAAUUUCUUGAAGAGGCUUCUUCAAUUUUUGGUGACUUAAGGCGAUGUGUCAUUGCUCGAGAGAUGACUAAAAUUCAUGAAGAGGUAAGGAUUGUAAUUUGUGAUUGGCCUAUGUGUUCUCAUUCAAAGUGCAGUUAUAGCAAUGGCCUGAUCUAGUUUUCGUUAGAAGAGUGGAAUUCAGUAAGAUGACAAAUUAUAAAUUUGAAAACUGAAAUGCAAUAUCCGUUGUUAAAACUGCAACUAGAAAAUCCAUUAUACCACACUUGAUUUAUGGAUUCAUGCCUGAUCUAAAUUGAAUUUUAACCAGAAGAACUGGAAAAGACUUAACGCACAACUUUUUUAAAUGUAGUAGAAACUGCAGUGGGUAAACUCUUCUCUUCCCCUCUCUUUUCCUGGAGGAACUCAGCAGUUGUUUGUUAAACUGUAUUCUUACUUGUUUGUGAACAUAAACCACAUAUGCCAUUGAGGAGCAACAUCUUAGACCUCCCCACAAACUAGUGAGCUCAAUCCUCUUCAGUAACUGUAGGCAAACCCCGUGGACCGGAAAUGGGAGAAAAUAAUAGCAGUUUUGUUGUAUGCUCUUAUUUCAUUAUGUUGGCAAUCUAUUUUGUGUUAUUUUGGUGGUUGUAGACUCUUUUGAUCUGUUAUGAAAAAAGUGGUGUUUCCUGCAUUAAAUCUUUGUGAGUUCAGAUUUGUAGUGUACACCCUCUAUCAAUGUAAAAUCCUUAGGGCGUCUUUGGUAUAAGGCGUGGAAUGUGGGACAAAUGGAAAGUAACAGGGAUGUUCUUUCCAUCCCUUUAGUAAGGAAGGAGAGUGGGAGGGAAUUGGAUUUGUAAUGUUAGACAGGGGGGAAGUGAAGGAGAUAAAAAUUUCAAGUUUGUGGAAAUUAUUAUUUUACCCUUCUUAUAUCCACAAAAGGAAAAUUUUAACAUAACUGUACCUUUUACUAAAAUGUUCUUUAGGCAAUCUAGGCAAAGUUGACAAGGAAAACCGAAAACAGAGUGUCUAAAUGGAACUCUCGCCAACUUCUAGCUUGACGAGAAUGCUUAGAUGAUUUGAAAUUUGUGCAAAAAGGAAAAGAAAGCAUCUAAAUGAACUAGAAAAUUCUUGUCAACUUUGUUGGUUUGACUAGAAUGCUUAUAUACGGUUCAAAAUUCGUGCAAAAAGGAAGAGAUAGAGUUUCUAAAUGGACAAGGCAUUCUUGUUAAUUAGUCUAGUUUGACGAGAAUGCUUGAUGAUUUGGAAUUCGUGCAAAAAGGAAGAUGUAGAAUUUGUUAACACUUUUGAAAGGAGAUGGCCAUACCUAAAAGUGGUGGAUAAACUUCUUUUGCUUACUCUUAAAGUGUCCUAUGAAGGAAAUUUCUUCUAUACAUAAUGAAGUUUUCAAGAUGGGUAAAAGAGUAAGUUUGUAAACUUCAACUAAAUGUUGGACAUGUUAAUGAUUGCAUCAUAAUUUUGUAUCCCAAUUCUAUCAUUAUUAAAUGGACUGUUAGCUUAUUAAUGGUUUUCCUCCACCACACUUGCCUAACUAUAUAUUUGCAAAGAUUCAAAACUGUCUUCAGUCUGAAGACAUUGUUAUGCUUUGUGUCCAUGAAUCCCAUGAACAAAUAGGUUGCGUAUAUAAUAAACUUGGGGUGAUGGUGAUCAUUUAACCGUUAGGAUACAGACACCUCAUCUUUUCUUGGUUAAGGUCCUUUUCAGAUCUCAACUAAAAUGUUAUGAGAACAAGUGGGUCUUACAUGGGAUGAAAUUUUUAAGGUGACUUGUAAUUUCAUUUUUUCCGCAUUUCUUUAUUUCCUUCAAUGUUGUGAUGUUCCGACCUCUUCACAUUUCAACAACUAUAAAACCUGAUUUACAAUAAUUACUCACUAUACAUUUCCAGAUGUGAAAUUUUGAUUCUUAGCCAAGGAAAUUACAAAUUCUAAUCACAAAGUCCACUCUGUAGAGUUGAGUGCAUGCCACUAGUCCUGUCCUUGAUUUUAGCACCCAUUAAUUGGGUUGUCAUUUGAAAGACAUCAUACGCCUUAUCAGAAUUAGACAUUAAUCAGUUAAACCAAACCUGUUACUAAAAUAGUGGAAUAAUUCCUUUCCUCUUUGACACAGCGGGAUGGGAGUAGCAGUUAUAUUUUACAUUGUUCAACAUAUAGUAAUUAAAUCUUUAGCCAUUUCUUCUGUUUGUGCCUGGAAGAAAAAGGGACAUGCAUA